ACGGAGACUCUGGAGACGAAGCCGCUGUAGCAGCUUUCUGGACGCACCAGUCGAGUUUUUGAGGAUUUUUAUAGCGUGGUUCAGUUGUGCCUCAUACGAAUCCAGUAAUGGACUCUGAUCCGGCCGUUCCUUCCUCCAGCGACGACUCGGUGGAAGACAAACCAUCCAAAGUUAAAGACGUGCUGCGUAAACUUCUACCUCAUCCGUCCACGGCCGUUAUGGUGAAGGAGGCGCUUACAGCAUUGGACUCUCGCAAAGGGGUUGCAACUAUAGCGAUACAUAACUUCAUCAAACAAAAAUACCCUUCAGUGGACAUGGGAAGAGCGAAGACCUUGAUCCGCAAAGCCCUGAACAAAGGACUAGAAAACGGAACCAUCGUGCGUCCUGCAAAUUCAAGUGACGGCACAGGCUCAAAGGGAAGAUUUAGGCUUGCACCAACCAAAAAGACAAAGCCCAAAAAGGAGAACAGUGAUCCUAAUGUGGAUGGAGCCAAGGAUGGAGCCAAGGAUGGAGCCAAGGAUGGAGCCAAGGAUGGAGCCAAGGAUGGAGCCAAGGAUGGAGCCAAGGAUGGAGCCAAGGAUGGAGCCAAGGAUGGAGCCAAGGAUGGAGCCAAGGAUGGAGCCAAGGAACCCAAAAAAGCAGGUUCCUCAAAAAAGAAGGACUCCACAAAGACAGAACAGGAACCAAAGCCUCCUAAAAAGUCAAAGAAAAGUGAAGAGUCUGCUACGAAGAUUGCGCCAGCAAAAAAGCCCAAAGCAAAAGUGGCUGCGGCAGAAAAAGUGGAGGCAGGUUCUAUUGAAACUCAAGCUAAAGACGUGAAGGAGGCCACUAAGGCCAAGUCCAAAGCAGCAGCAGCAGCAGCAGCAGCAGCAGCAGCAGCAGCAGCAGCACCUAAGGAGGGGAAGGCAACCAAAAGCAAGGCUGUGAAAACAGGCAGUGGUACGUCGAAAGCAGCUGGGAGAAAACAGAGGAAGGCUGCAGAGUAAACUGAACAGUUUUAAAACAUUUUGUCAAACAAUUAAUCUUAACUAUUGUGUACUUUCUGAACUGCAUUAAAGUCAUUGUGCUAAAUCUAA